AUGACUACGCCCGCAUCCAAGAAGUAUCGCUUUACACGCGAGGACUUCCAGCCGCUGGCUACCAAGCCGCUGCACUUCGACAUGGUGUUUGAUAUCACGGAAGCCAAGAUCAAAGUGACGCUGCAAACAACGCUCAAACACGACGGCGCGCAGCCGCUUGAACAGCUGAAGUUGAACUCCAAGGAGCUGGCGAUCCUGUCAGCGGAACGCUUCGACAAGUUCGUGCCCUUGGGUAAGGAGAAGAAUUUCGUUGCUCACGUGCAGAGCUUCGCGGAACCCCGCGAUCUUGAGUUCGAGGUGGACAAGGAGGACCACUUUCUGGUCGUUAAGUUCACUAAGCCCAUUCAGCCCGGGGAGGAGUUCGUGAUCCGCACUGUGUCAGUGGCCACCCCAACUGAGAACAUUCUGGAGGGUCUGUACUUUGACUACACGCCUGAGGGUGCUCCCAAGACCAUCAUUACCCAGUGCCAGCAGCAUGGUUUCCAGCGUAUUGUGCCAUGCAUAGACACAAUGGAUGCCAAAGCUUACUACACCACCACCAUUGUGGCAGACAAGCGCUACACUAACAUCAUCACGAACGGAGACCUGGCCCCUGGAUAUCACACAGAGACUGGCGUUCCUGUGUUCCACCCAGCAUCGGAAGUACUGAGCGUGGACGAUCCCUCGCGUCAUGUACUGAAGUAUUACAACCACAAGGUGAACAUGGCGCCGUAUCUGUUCUUCCUCGGUGUCGGUACGUACGAGACUUUCCGCCGCACGCUUGAGUUUCCCGAUGGCGAUACAACGCUGCUGGAGAUCCUGGCGUUCCCGGGCUACUUUGAGCCAGCUGAUGCCAAGGCUGCCGUCAAGAUGCUGCACGACUCUGUGUUGUGGGUCAUGGUGAGUCUGGGUCCAGAGGCCUGCGAGCACCACGACGAGCGCAAGCGCAUCUACGAGCUUCUGGAAGAGCGUGAGGCUCUUAAGGCCAAGGAAGGUCCGUUAUGUCUUGGGCCAAACGAGGAAUAUGUCAAGACUCCACUAAGCGCCUCGGAUGCUGCACGCUUGGCUGCUGUUCGUGCGGAACUGAAGGAGUUGCUGAAGGUGUGGAAGAAGACCGGCUACAAGUACACUGGUGCCGUAUACCGCGAGAUUGCGAUGGAGAAUUCGUACUACGGAGGCAUGGAGAACGUCGGCAACACAACUAUUGUGAGUUCUUGCCUGUGUCCGAGCUGCCGUAUGGACGACAAGUCGUACGAGUAUAUGGAGCAUGUGAAGGUCCACGAAUACUACCACAAUAUCAAUGGCAGUCAGGUAACUGGCCAGUCCCCGUUCGAGAUCUGGCUGAACGAGGCUGUCACGGUUCACAUGGAGCGCAAGCGUGGUGCUGCCAUUUUCGGUGAGGACUACAGCCGUCUGAGCGAAGUGCUGUAUAUGUUCACCCCGGCGAUCGGACCACUUGCACAGGACAAGUCUGCGACGUCUCUGUCUGUUGAACCGCAGGGUUUCAACCAGACCCAGGAGCUUGUUUCUGUGGUGACCUACUCGAAGGCUCCUGAGUUCGUUCGUAUGGUCGAGUUGCUAUUAGGCGACGCUGCUUUCCACAAGGCUCUUGACAUGUACCACACCAAGUAUGCGUUUGGCAAUGCUACAAGCAUGGAGUGGAUCAAGUGCAUGGAGGAAUGUUCUGGCCUGAACCUGCAGAACCUGGCCAAGACGUGGUUGAACCGCCCAGGUCACCCAGAGGUGACGUAUUCGACGGAGUACAAGGCUGCUUCCAAGGAGUACGUCGUGGAGAUCUCGCAGACUGGUUUCGAGGAUAAGCCAGCCGAGAACAACGGACCGUGGGAGAUUCCCAUUGACUGGUCCCUUGUUAAGGAGGGCAAGUCGAUGAAGAACGGUGUGUUUCUCAUGAAGACGAAGGAUGCCAAACUCGUUAUUCCGGAUGUGUUGGAGGAGCCAGACUUUAUGUCUUUUGCUCGCGGUUGGUCAUUCUUCGGCAAGUCGAAGCAGACGAACCCGUCCGUCGCUCGACUCACCAAGCAGGCGCUCUCUGACCCGGAUGCUGUCAACAAGUACCAGGCCUACCGCAGCGUUGCAGAUAUUGAAAAGGCAAAGGUGAUUGAAGGACUGCUCAAGGGUGACAAGCAGGUGGAGAUUUCGUCCGAGUUCGUGGAGCUGCACGGAUCGAUCCUGUUCUCGGAUGAACUCACCCCUUCUGCUCGCGCCCUGACAUUGGGAGAAGCCAAGACCAUCCCGAGCCGCGAUGACCUGAGUCACCAUUAUGCUGCAAUUAAGGAAGCGACUACAGCACUGCUGCAGGCAGUGUGGGCCAAGUACUCGACGAAGAUCGAGGCUGCAUACAACAAGCUGUGCAAGACUGCUCACCCUGGCCCGCACGUCGAGCAGUUCCAAGAGCGUGCUCUCAAGCGUCACCUACUUCUGCUAAUUGUGGCUGGCGGAAAAGCUGCUGUGCUCAACACGAACCCGAAGGUUGCUCCGACCGUAGAGCCGUACAAGCUGGCGCUGGACCUGCUGAAGAAGUCGACUUUCGUGACGGACCAGGCCACUGGGUUCCGCCUUGUGCUGGAGGAUGAAACCUUUGCCGAUCGCGUGAAGGUGCAGGAAGAUAUUUUCGAGGAGUGGCGCAAGACGCCGGAUAUGCUGACGAAGUACAUCAGUAUCGUGAGCAGCUUGGAUUCCAAGGAUGUGGGUCAGCAAAUUCUGAAGCUGUUGGCGAACCCAAGCUUCAAUCCCGCUCAGUCCAGUCAUGGCCGUACACUGUCGCGCUGUCUUUCACAGAUUCGCGACUUCUCGCUGGCCACGGACGAGGGUCUCGAUGUGAUGGUGCAGGCGUUUGUGAAGAUCGGCAAGGUCAACCAAAUGUCUGCGUACCCGUUGCUACAGUGCUUUGACCACUUGGACCGCUUUGAUGACGCUACGAAGGCGAAGUUGUUUGCGACGCUGCAGCGUAUGCAGGACUCGAUCGAUAAGAAAAAGGAGGAGUCGCUCUACAACCAGCUCAGCAUUAUCCUGGAGAAGAAGCAGUAA